UAGCUGCAUGAGCAGCAGGGGUAGGUGAGGGAAGCAGCGCAUGUGGACCAGAGGAGCUGAGCGCGGAGCGUCUCGGGAGCCCGGAGUGUUGUGCUGAAGCCGACAGAGUUAUGUACUGCGCUCAUCCCGUCUCCGGCACCGGCACCAACCCACUGAUGUACUGCUACAACAUGAAGCCAGUUUACGGGCAGUCCCCCACCAAUGAAGACAUCAACCACAACCCGUCUUCGCAUCCGCCCAACAAAGCUCCCGGCAACGUGUUCGCCAGCACCUUCUUCGAGGGCAUGAGCGGCUCGCCCGACAUCUGGAACGCCGUAAACGGCCUCAACCAGCAGGGCUAUGAAGCUGCACUGGGAGCACUGGCCGGCCACCAGACGCAGGCGGGGAGCUUCCACAGUCAGCUGGACUUCUCGCCGCAGUCGGUGAUGUCGGCGGACAUGAACAGGGCGCUUCCGCCCAUGUCCACGUUCCACUGCAACAACGCAGCCUCACGCACCGCGUCCAUCAACAGCUCCGAGAAUUCAACAGUAUCAGGGAACCAAGGGAACGGGUCGGGGGGGUCACAGACAGGCGAUACCUUGGGAAAAGCUCUGGCCUCUAUUUACUCCCCCGAUCACACCAGCAGCAGCUUCCCCUCCAGCACGUCCACACCGGCGCGGUCCCCGUCUCCGCUGCCGAACGCAGCCGAACCCGCAGGUCCCAACAUGUGGCCACGGAGCUCAGUUCAGGCACCGGUGUCUCCACAUUUUGAAUCUUCACUCAUAUCAAUGUCUCAGGUGGAGGACCGUCUGGACCGGCUGGACGACGUCAUCCACGUCCUGAGGAACCACGCCGUGGGCCCCACCGCCGGCCUCCCCGCCGACAUCCACGGCCUCCUGAACCAGGCCCACGGCGCCGCCCCCGGCUCCCUGCCGGUCACCUGUCACACUCCGGCCAUGGUUGAAGCCGUCGGCGUGAACAACAACCACCCGGCCUUCCAGAGUCGCCCGCAGGCCGGCCACCCGUACCCGGCCAGGCAGAGGGCCGCGCCCCAGCAGAUGCGGGCUGCAGGCGUUCAGAGCGGCCCGGAGCUGAGGACGGAGAGCGGGGAGAGGGAGGAGAUGAUGCACACCAACCGCAGCCACAGCUCGGACAGCCAGAGGUCGGACGAGGAGGGCGAGCACAAGGCCCAGGGAGAAAACGGAAACAGCAUCCACGAGGACGAGGACCUGAGCCCGGAGCAGAAAGCGGAGCGCGAGCGCGAGCGGCGGAUGGCCAACAACGCCCGCGAGCGCCUGCGCGUGCGGGACAUCAACGAGGCCUUCAAGGAGCUGGGCCACAUGUGUCAGCUGCAUCUGAAGAGCGAGAAGCCGCAGACCAAGCUGCUGGUGCUGCACCAGGCCGUGGCGGUGAUCCUCAGCCUGGAACAACAAGUGAGAGAGAGGAACCUGAACCCGAAGGCGGCCUGUCUGCGGAGGAGGGAGGAGGAGAAGGCGUCUGGAGUCAUGUGUGACCCACAGUCCAUGCAUCUGGCCUAUCACCCCAGUCUGACAGACCCGGCCAACCCCAUGGGCCACCUCUGAGCACCAUCCACACAAGAUGUUGAGGGAAGCGCAUCCAGCUGUUUUGGAGGCCCGUCGUGUCUUCUGGGGCCCGAGGUCGACUUCUCUGAUUGUAACGUGCGAUGCAGUCGAACAAUCAUCUCCUCACUUCCUGAACAGACUUCAAACUUUGUGCCUAAACUUUACUUGGAAAAGACAAAUGCAUUGUAAGCUGCAGAUGUUUUGUACAUAUUUUGUAUAUUUAUUGCUUAACUUUCUCUGUGAAUAUAUACCAACGGAUGAAAUCCAGUAGCGUCAUCUGCAGUUUGAGUUUUUGGCAGAGCCAGGUUUCUGACUGACCUUUACCACGUGUCACUAUUUACUGUGUCGUCUCAUGAUUUCCACAGAGCUCAGAGUGCUGACAUUCCCACAUUAGUGUGUGUGUGUGUGUGUGUGUGUGUGUGUGUGUGUGUGUGUGUGUGUGUGUGUGUGUGUUUGUGUGUGCGUGAGUGCGUGCGUGUGUGUGUGUGUGUGUUUGUGUGUGCGUGCGUGCGUGCGUGCGUGCGUGCGUGUGUGUGUGUGCGUGUGUGCGUGUGUGUGUGUGUGUAGGGGUUUGACCAUUCUGUGAAUGAACAGAUCUCUAAGAACGCUCCUCAUCUGUUAUCUGUUCCAAGUUUGUGUUAUAGCACUGUUAACGGACGGACCUGUUUGUCUUCUCAGUGUUUAUUAUUGCUCCCCAGGUGUAGUCAAGGCUCAUUGCAUGUUUAUUAUUAGAGCAUUUCAUUGUUUUUUAAGUUAUAUAACUUAUCUUUUAUACAGAUAUUGUGAAUUUGAUAAUAUCUCGUUUUUCUUGUUUUUCACUGAGUUUACACAAAAAUACUUGUGCAGUUUUUCCUGCUCUAAGCAAUACAGUAUUACAGAACAGUCUUGUUUGUUUAUCACCUAAAUAAUAAAUAAUAAUCUGAAGUACUCAUAACAUACCAUGUACAGUAUGUGUACAGUUUGAAGUAGCCUACAGGCAUGUGUCAAAAUGAUAAUGUAGCAAUAAAUGUCUUUUUCAGAAAGA